AUGGUUCGUUCCAAACAGAAAGCUUGGAUGAUGCCCCCAGGAACUAGUCGCCCUCCGCGGAUUACCAAUAUGAUGAGAGUAACACCCGGUAACCGUAGCAUUAAGAAGCCGUAUAGGUACAGGCCAGGAACUGUGGCGCUAAGAGAGAUCAGAAUGUAUCAGAAGAACACAUAUCCACUGAUCCCAAAACUUCCAUUCGAAAGAUUGGUGAAAGAAAUAGGCCAGAGUUUAAAGGCAGAGUUACGUUUCCAGGGCAUCGCUAUUGAUGCUCUCCAAGAAGCAGCUGAAGCUUUUCUCGUUGAGUUCUUUCAUGACGCCAAUUUGUUUGCCAUACAUGCCAAGCGAGUGACUAUCAUGUGUAAUGAUAUCAUGCUUGCUAAAAGGCUUCGAGGUGAUAAACUUUGA